GGGCCAGCGGAUCGUCAGCAAAGUGUGUUAAAUUCCUGGCGUGUUUUAGACCGCAUUGAUUACUAACCGUCGGACUCUGAAUCAGCUACCUACUUCAGAAACGUGAAGUAGACUGUUUACAGGUUGAAUACUAUGUUAUCAUUGUCAGGAUGUUUACAUGGAAGUGGAAAAACUUAUUUUGAAAGUGUUCGAUGUUACAAUGUCGCUGUCACUGAUUCGGUUGUCAACCAUCAAAGGGUUUAGAUCAUUUCGACAUAAUCGAUUUGUGUGAGAUAAUAGUGGACUUUCUUGUCACCCUGUUAUCACUUGUCCCGACUGAUAGAACACUUGAAUUGUAAGUAAAUUUAAUAACGCAGAUUUCCCUUCUAAACUACUUUGCUGGAGCAGCCUUGGUGCCAUAUCAGUUACAAGCUUGGCUGAAUUGAAUAAGCCAAAGAUAAGAUAUUGUAUCUGUACAUUUUAUGGACUUGAGCUUCAUUAUAGGAUUAAAUGUUUAGCCUUAACACACAGGCAACUCUUAAACAGUUCUAAAGGAGAUUGACAUCGACCAUUUCGGAACUGAACUGACAUUAAAUAUCCAAUGUAGCCUGUCAAACUUAAAUGGCAUCGCACAAUUACAACCAACGAGGUGUGCCACCAAAACCAGUCCCAGCUCCCAGAGGAGCCAGAUCGCCUAGUUCUCCCAAUGGAAACCCGAUGUCAGUCAUGAUGGACAGGCCAAUGUCAUCGCAGGUGAUGGCUGCUGCUGCAGCUGGAAUGGCAGCAUCUGGACAAGCAAUGAAUGACAACCGUGCAAAGGCUGUCUUGAAGGAAGCUGUAGAUGCGGUGGUCAACAGCUUUGCCAAGCACUCACAUGGAUAUGGAAGAGUGAAUGUGGUGGAAGCAUUACAAGAGUUCUGGCAGAUGAAGCAGGAUCGUGGAGCAGAUUUGAAGAAUGGAGCCCUAGUUGUGUAUGAGUCCCAACCGUCAGCUACACCACCAUAUGUGUGUUACGUCUCCCUCCCUGGGGGAAGCUGCUUUGGCAGUUUUCAGCAUUGCCCCACAAAGGCAGAAGCCAGAAGGAGUGCAGCCAAAAUAGCCCUGAUGAAUUCUGUAUUUAAUGAGCACCCGUCACGCAUGAUUACAGAUGACUUCGUAGACCAUGCUGUCCGUGAUGCUGCUGGAUCUUUCCAGGGAGCACCUGAACAGGCAGAUAACCCAGCCACAGGGAUUGGUGCUUUCCGUUUUAUGUUGGAGGCUAAUAAAGGUCGUACCAUGUUGGAGUUCCAAGAACUUAUGACUGUGUUUCAACUGCUACAUUGGAAUGGCAGUCUGAAGGCAAUGAGGGAACGUAACUGUUCCCGACAAGAAGUGUUAGCACACUACUCACAUCGUGCUCUUGACGACGAUAUGCGCUCACAGAUGGCACUUGAUUGGAUAGCGCGAGAACAGGAAGUGGAAGGCAUCAUUAGCCGUGAAUUAGAAAUUUCAGAAAAAGAACUGGAAAGUGCCAGAUUAGCUGGACGUGAAUUACGUUUCUUCAAAGAGAAAAGAGACAUUCUGGUUCUGGCAUUAAGCCAGAUUGGACCUCCAGAAAGUUUGGCAUGAAAAUAGUGUAUGAAUUCAUUCAUGAGCCAAAACAUUUAGCACACUCUUCAUAAAAGUUGUGCCGCUUUACAGCAUGCAUUAUUGCAUCUCAUAGAUAAUUCUUAAGCGUUCAUUCUGUAGAAGUAACCUAUUAACAGAGUUUUUGGUCAAGAUAUUUAAAGCUACAGCUGGAGGGUGUCCCUUGUACAUGUGUAACUUAUUCCUUAAAUCUCUAGUGUAAUUUUGUGUUAACAGAACACUUUUAAGUUAAAACAUUUCAGAUGAAAAUGGUGACACUUAAUUUACAAUUUUAUGUAUGUUGUAUUUAGGUUUUAUUUAUUAUUAUCUUGAAAUGUACACUUGUACUAAUGAGAUUUUUUUUUGUCCUGUUUUAUGUUAUUACAAGCCUGCCAAAAUCAAGUGGUACAGACAUGUAAUUGGUUCUUAGUCUGGUUGUAUUAUUUAUUAAGACCUUUGUUUGUCAUGUUCAUCAUAUUGUCUGAGUCUCUAGAGAACAAGAAAUUAGGUAGCAAAAUGUAUUGGUCAGUUACCAGUGUCAUAGCUGACCGGGAGUAAUGAGUAAUAUUAAUUUAUUGGCUUGGAUAGGAUCUGAAAAUUCUCCAAAUAAACCUGCUCAACAAGUGUUUGGGCUAUGUAGUUAUGGACUGUUUGCAAAUGUUACCUGUCCAAAGACAUGGAGUUGGUGUUUAUUUUGACUCUUGGAAAGAUUUCAAUUUUGUAAUACGAUAUUUUUUAUUUUUCAAUUAUUUUAUGCACUCAUAAAUAUUUAACUACCCUCUUGUACUGUAUCACAAAUUAAGAAUGCUCUUUUCAUCUUAAAAGGCAUAGAUAUAUUCCUGCUUUUCAUUACUUACUGCUUACAGCAAUGCAAACAUCAAUAAACUUCAGAAUACAAAAAAUUAUCAUACCCCAAAGUUUGUGAAAGAAUAGUUCUUCCAACUUUCCAGUAUACAAUAAAACUGGGGUUUCUUGAUUAACAACAAUACAUAUUCUACAUCUCUAGAAAAGAAAUAUACACAUAGACUAUUCUGUAACUGUGAAACAGGCUUUUUGUAUACUGUGAUAUAUUGCUCAUACCAGCUAUACUUAAUUCAUUCUGUAUCUUACAUGCCUUUUGUUUGAUAAAAACAUAUUUUUAUGUUAUCAAUUUUGUAAUACUGUCUGAAAAUGAUGAAAAGUUCACUAUUUCAGAUGAUGCAUUAACUAAAUAUACAGUAAACUUUGAAAAUAGCGAGGAAAAACAAGUACACUUACAAAAUGUCUAAAUUUUCUUCACCAUAAUGGUCCUCAGAAAUCCUGUAUAGUAGAAAUCAGCCUCCUAGGUACUUAAGUGUAUGGCAUAUACUUCAGUGCUUAUACAUGUAUAUACAGUACAGUGGAUAUAAACCAUACCUUUGAUAGAUUUUUGUUGUAACAACACCAGGAUUUUAAUCAGAUCUGUAAAUAUACCAACCCUCAUGUCAUUGUUACUGUGGAAGUAUUAUAAAGAAAGUAUAUUUUUGAUAUAGAGAUAAAUAUAUUUCACUCAAAACUGACUCACUUACCGUGUCAUGAAAAUGUUUUGCAGAAUUCUGUGAUUUUCUAUGUACAGGUAUAUUCUCUUUCGCUGCAUUGAAUAUGAGGUGUUUUUUUUAUAUGAACAAUGUAAAUGAUAAAGCACAUGAAACUGUCCAUUUGAAAUACUCAAGAGGAAAUUUAACAUGGAAAUUGUGUGUAAAUCUGUCAUUGGAUUGUAUUAUUUAGCUGUAAACUCAGAAAAUGUAUAAACAAUAUACUGUAUACCGAUGAUUUACAUGUAGAUUGUAGAUGUGCUGUAACUAUGCAUACUUAUUUGAACUACUGGAAAGAAUGCCCCACAAAAUCAAGACCACACUCUAAAUAUGUGUAGGUUAGAUAUUGAAUAAUAUAAUUCCAUUUUGAAAAGAUGUAAUGAAGAAGACAUUAUCACACAGUAGCAGAACAAAUUUCAUGCCACAAUAUUUUAGUAUCAUUAUAUUAACAUAGAAAGAAAAUGAGAUGAAAAAUUUGCAAAAGUAAUAAAGCAUUUGGAGCCAUGAAUCUAAAAAUGAAAACAUAUAAAAAAUAAUAAAAUCAAUCAGGGUUGUAUGAUAUCCAAUCAAAAUUGAUUCAAGCUCAAGAAAAAAUUUGUUGCUGACCCCAAUAUCUAACAGUGCUUUAUUACAACACUGGUAAAAUACUAACUGCAAUAUAUACCGCUCGGCUUGAUGUAACUUCACUUCAACUUGAUAGGUUGAGCAUCAGAGGCAAUGAAAUAGAUAAGGAUGUCUAUUACAAUAGUAUUAACAUCUACAUAACAAACAGUCUUUGUUUUGUUAAACAAAAGUUUGAUGGUUAUCAUUGUAAUUUCAUCUCAGUAAUCUGGCGUGAAAAUAUAUGUUCUUUUAACUGUUUUAUAUCUACAAGAUAAAAUAUCAUUCAGACAUUAUUCAACUGUUGAAACAGGUAAACCAUUUUUAUAAUACAGUUUUUUCAAAAAGUCAUUUUUCAAAAGGGCUUCCACGUGUAUAUGGUAUUCUUCUUGUAUCUGUAUGAAUGUACAUGUUACUCUUUUUCACAAAACAUGAACCAGGCUGCCUUGUAAGUGCUUUUCAUCCAACUUACUGUGGUUGUUAGAAGUCUGGAAAGAUUUCAACUGUCUUCAGUUUAUGAUAAAAGGAUAUUUAAUUUCAGUGUUGUAGCUAAAGUUUCAGUGUUGUUGCCAUGGUUUCAGUGCUGUUGCCUUGAUUUCAACAUUGUAUCCCUGAUUUCAGGGUUGAAGCCAGGGUUUCAAUGAUCUCAAGGUUACAGUGUUGGUACCAUGGUUUCAGUGUUGUUAUCAAGGUUUCAUUGUUGUAACAAUGGUUUCAGUGUUGUUUUUAAGGUUUCAGUGUUGUAAUCAUGGUUUUAGCAUUGUAUCCCAGGUUUCAGUGUUGUAGCCAUGGUUUUAAUGUUGUUACUAUGGUUUCAGUGUUGUUAUCAAGGUUUCAUUUUGGUAACCAUGGUUUCAAUGUUGUUACCAUGGUUGUAAAAAUUUCAAGGUUUCAAUGUUGUCACCAUUGUUUCAGAGUUGUUACCAUGGUUUCAGUGUUGUAGCCAUGGUUUCAGUGUUGUUACCAAGAUUUCAGUGUUGUUACCAAGGUUUCAGUGUUGUUACCAUGGUUUCAGUGUUGUUACCAUGGUUUAUCUCUUUAAGUGUUCAUUGUAGAUUCCUUACCCCUACUAUUAAGACAGUGAGUGUGCUUAAGAAAGGAUAUGUUCUGAUUGUUGCUUGACAAGAUUGUUGAAUCAAGACAAUGGUGUUCCUUCAACUCUGUAAGCAGAGUAAUUUGUUAUUUAGGCCCAUGAAGAGGAAUGGAGAACAAGAUAGACAAAAUAUUGCAAUGUGUUGCAGUAUUACCAGUAUAUUCCGCUAGUGUGAAAGGGAUGUCUCACAUUGGAUGUUGGAGGGAUGUGUCACAGCAGGUAUGAUAAAAUUGGUGACGUCUAGUGAGUGAGGGAUUUCAAGUGUUGGAGAAGAUGAUCAGAUGUGGGAAGUUAGAUUUGGGAUUUUCAUGUUUGGGGUAGGAGAAUGUUAUAACUCUCUAACAAAGUGCAAUAAAAGUCACUAAUAUUAUGGUAAUAGCAACAGAAAAAGUAUAAAGGGUAAUACGUCGAUCAAAUUUGUUAUUAUACUUGUGUACAUAGAUAAUGUAAAUUGGAAUUCUCAUCCUACAUGUUGAAGAUAUGGGAGAAGAGAUCUGACUAUAGUUAUAUACUAGAGGUAACUUGUUGUCUUAUUAGUUUGUUGUUGUGUUAUGUUGAACAGUUAGUGUUUAAAUGUAUUGUAAAAAAUAGGUUAACCAUGUUCAAUAGUCCAUGAAUUUUUUUCUGACAUGUGAAGGGAGAUAACUCAAUAUUUUGAAGGUGAUUUGAAAAGUGAUUGUCAAUUGUAACCAGGAAACUUUCGUCUGUGUUUGCUGAUCACAAUAAUUUAUGCUUUUAAACAAGGUUUGUUACUAUGCUAGUUGAAAUACUUUUUCGUGAAUACUAUUGUUUUUGGUUAUGAAAAAGUGAGACAUUGUAGAAGGUUGUUGAAUAUUACCAGCUACAAAAUUGAAAAAUAGUUUCUAUGUACAAAUUGUGUAAACUUUCAAAAGUAUCCCGGUUUGUAAAGAUUGUCUUAUAUACACCUUAUUUUAAUAGGUUUGGAAAGAAAGAAUCAUGUGAUUAGCUUGUAAUGAAUCUUCAGUUUUUAAAGUAAAUGUGACCACAUUUAUCAAUACAUUCUACAUUCUCCAUUACUUUCUUCUUCUUUCCCAUCAUAUUUGGAAAUAGAUGAAAUCUUGUUGUGAAGAAUUCUAGGGAAAAAAGUACUUCAAAAUGUGUUUAAUCAAGAUGUGGAUGUGUAAACAGGAUAUUGGGCUCAGAACUAUUAUUAUAGUGCUAACAUAUGUAUUUGUAUAAAAACUUAAUAUCAUGCUUCAUUUCAAAAGCAUUAAUUAAAGUGAAGUUGCUUUGCAUUUAUGUAUGGACCUUAAAAUGUUUGCCAGGGCUUUUUGAUGUACUUCAUUAUUCUGCUCUGAGAAAUCAUUUUAGAUCAAAACAGCAUUAUAGACUUCUGAAUGAAUACACAUACAAAUGAUGCUGACUGUUGUAAUUCCAUAUAGAGUAUAUAGAGUUGGAAGUAUUUUAAACACUUUCAGACUGAUAACUGUACAUUCUCAUGCAUGUGAUAUUUGUUCAUUAUAGAUAUCUAUUGUUGUCUGUGUUGACGCAAGAUGUCGGCUUUUGUAAGUUGUAUACAAAGCUUCUCAUGUUAUUUGGCAUAAUAUAACAAAUUAAUAAUCAAUAAAAUGAUCUUGCCAUAGGUAA